UAAACUUGACUCAUUUAAUAUCUCAAUCAUAAAUUUAACUCGAACUGGAGUUCGCUCUAUCCGGAGAUGAGCAGCGUGGUAUGAAAAGAACGCGUAUAUCUCUGUUUUAUAUGUACUUAAAAGACAAAGAAAAAUAGUGAACCGGAACACCUAAAAAAGUUCGGCGGCUAUCUGCGGCCUCGCCUUCAGAGGGCGGAGGUCAAUCGCCAUUUCGUGCUGCAGGUACACAAGAAGCUGCAUGCAGGGUCAGUCCCUAUGGAGAAGGUGCAUGUUUCUCGCCCACCAAUGCGCCAAUAUGGAGCAACUCAAGGCCGUCCAUGCGCUGUUCACAACCAGUGGCCUGCACCGGAACAUCUAUGCCAUCAGCAAGAUCGUCUCAUUCUGCGCCACCUCCCCCUCCGGCGACGUCGGUUACGCCACCCUUCUCUUUUCCCGGCUUGCCUCCCCAAAUCCAUUCAUAUACAAUACGAUCAUCAAAGGAAUGGCCAUGCGUCGUGAUCCUUAUGGUGCCAUCUUCUUCUUCAAGUUAAUGUGUCGGGACCUCGGCGCUGACCACUAUGCCUUGUCUUUUGUUCUUGGCGCUUUUUCUGAGCCGUCAACUGCUGUCUAUGGCAGGCAGAUGCAUACCCACAUCGUGAAAGGCGGAUAUCUUCUCCAUGAUGUGUACAUUCAGAUUUCCAUUCUGCGGAUGUACUGCGAUUGUUUGUGUAUGGUUGAUGCGCGAAAAUUGUUUGACGAAAUGCCUCAGAGAGAUGUGGUCUUGUGGAGUGUUGUCCUGAGUGGGCAUGUCCGAGGUGGUGACUGUGCGGCAGCUCUGCAGAUGUUCCAGGAGAUGCAGGUUUCUGGUGUGCAGCCUGAUGAGUUUACUGUUGCCACGAUGAUUGCCUCUUGUGCGCGCUGUGGUGCACUUCAGCAAGGGAGAUGGAUACAUGAGUACGUAAUUAACAAGAAUCCGAUGAAUCUGGACGUGGUUAUGAACACUGCACUGGUCGAUAUGUAUGCUAAAUGCGGGUGCAUUGAAGAAGCAGUGCGCGUGUUCGAGCACAUGGAGGAGAGGAAUGUCCUGUCGUGGACUGCCAUGAUCGGCGGGUUCGCUGUCCAUGGAUUAGCAAACUAUGCUCUGCAUUGUUUCCAUAGGAUGGAGAGAUCAGGUAUUGUUCCAGAUGACAUUACAAUUCUUGCAUUGCUUUCAGCCUGCAACCAUGCAGGCCUGGGGCAGAUGGGAUUUAAAAUUUUCAAUUCUAUGCAAACCAAUUACGGGAUUUCUCCAAAACAUGAGCAUUACGGAUGCAUGGUCGAUCUUCUAUGCCGAGCCGGAUGCUUGUAUGAGGCCCUUGAUCUGAUAAAUUCUAUGCCAAUGAAGCCGCUUGCUUCUGUUUGGGGCUCGCUUCUGAGUGCCUCUAGGAGCCAUGGAAACAUUGGACUUGCAGAACAUGCAGUGGCUGCACUUCUCGAUCUUGAACCUGAAGGUGAUGGCUUUUACGUGCAGUUGUCUAACGUGUAUGCCAACGCUCAGAGGCUCGGGGAUGCAGCGAGGGCAAGGAAGAAGAUAGGUAAUGUGGGUAUCAAAAAGACACCCGGUUGCAGCCUCAUUGAGGUGGAAGGCAUGGUGGCAGAGUUUGUAGCAGGGGAUGAAUCUCAUCCUCUGAGCCGUGAGAUAUAUGAAGCUUUGGAUCUCUUGUACCAUGAUUUGGCUAAUGAUUCCUUCCAUAGUUGUUACCUCUCACAUUAUGGUGCCUCGUGGCAUCAGUAGUAGCAUUCAUUGAGAGCACACGUUCAGAACUCGAUUGUUACCAUUUUUCUCAUAGCAUCCCGGAAUAUUGUUGCUUCGGGCAAAUUCGACGAGGCGGUUGCAUUAUUUUUGUCUCCAGUCUGAAUAUCUUGACGAGGUCCGUUGCACACCCCCACCAUAUCCGACCAAGAUGGUCGGAAACAAGUUCCUCCACUGCCAGGAAUCAGCCACUGCUUACUUCGAACAAACUCCAGUUGAUGAAUGCGUAAAUUGUUACUGCAAAAGUUGGUUUAGAUUCAUGUGAAGGACAAAGCUGAUGGUUGUUUGAAGUAAAAUGGUCAUCAUGAGACAGGCAUCCUUGUUGGUGAGCUGCUUUUCCCUUACAUCUCCUGGUGUAACCAGAAUGAUGACACUGAAUACCUAAAUGUGUUGAUACCGGCUCGGUGUGAUGAUCUUACUAACUAAAGGCUGAAGGUGAACUGGCUUCAUAUCGGUGGGAUAGUCUAAAUUAGUCACCUUGCUACCUAAAUGUGGAAUAAGUGCCUAGCAUAUAUUUGAGCAGACAAAGUUUGUUAUCAAACUCUUAAAGUUCUACUGUUACUAAUCAUGUAGCACUGGCACAAGCCAGAGAUGUUGAAGCCAUUUGACAACAUUGGAUCCAUGUCUACUUUCAUUGCCAUUACCAUCACUGAAGCCGGAGCAAUGAGAAUUCCCAACCAUGUAAACCAUGAACAACUGCAUUGUCUUCCUUUCUCUGCCAUCUGUCAACAGAUUGUGGAAUUGGUUUGACAGGUGAACUGCUCGGAAAAGUAUAACCCAGGUCCUAUAUAAAAGUUGCUAUGUUGGUAUAUGAUUCUUCUGGACAUAGAUGCCUGCAAUGCCAUGUUUGAGUGAAAAUGAGGAUCAGGACCUGAGUUAUUUGAGCCCGGUGGCAAAGAUAAUUGAAAUGUAAAACCAGUUAGCAAAGGGGUUAUGGGUUCCUUUCAACACGGGGAACAUCGCAUUUGGACAAAACAAUGGAUGGAUGAUCCUAACUUCUACCUACUAGCUUGAAAAUAUUGGUGGUGCGUGAAAGGCGAAAGUCACCCUUGCUCUAAGGGUCUAGGACUGCUUGAGGACUGGAUGGUUCUACGGUACAUCCUUCAACUUGAAUGUUGUGUCUGCCACUUUUUGCAAUCCAGUAUAGUAGCACCCAUGAGAAUCGAAUUGAAAAGGUAUUCUCUGUACAUCCUUCAGGCCGAUCAGCUAUGCUACGGCCCUUGGGCCAGCUUGAAAACAUUGAAAGUGGAAACAAGAAGCAUGAAAUAUAAGAACUGGCAAAAUCCUGGGUAUUUGAAAUUCGAAAGAGAUUUGCAUUGCCUUCCCUUUCUCCUUCAGCUUGAAGAAAACUGACUCAUCACGAAGAAAAGAACCGUAAUCGUUCCUAUCAUGCCUUCAUAAACUUUGUUCAACAUGCGCCACCAGUGAGGAUUUUACUGCCAUGUCGGUGUCACUGGUUUGAUGAGAACUUGGUUUGAUGGUUAUUACUUUGGUCGGUCCCUGUUGAUCUGUUUUGGAGCUGCUGAGUGGUCAGAUGUCCGUGUGGUGAUUGUAUACUUAUGUUGCUUUUAUGAGUAUCCGAUUUCUUUCAUAUCUUUGUGAUCUCCUAUUGAGUUGUUAGUUGGAGAAGAGAGGGUGCCAGCUUUCAAGCCAUUCAAUUAUUUCUGCCACUAUCUGUCAAAAUGGUCGGACAAUUAUGACCCGUUACUCUUUUGAUA